AUGCGGUACUUCAGAGAACUCAUGGCGAACAAGAGCCAGAAGGACUCCUCUCUCUCCUUCCAGACGCUCAACGAGUGCAUCAACAUGAUGCUCCACGGGGUGGUCCUUGGAAACAUCAUGCACAGAUACGACACCGGGACGCUUUUCCUGUGUAGCACCCUCCUCGCGCCGGUGUGCAGCCUCGGCUACCUCUGGGUAAAGUCGUAUCACAGCCUGGCCGAGAUAUACUCUGCGAUAACCGUGAAGCUGUUGUCGGACAGCAGCACGUUCUGCAACCCAAGGCACAGCAUCCGAGAGCUGACGUUCGAGGACUUCGGGAGGCUGGCGCUCCAUGUCGACGAGGAGGCGGUUCGCGGCAGAAUUAGGUACGGAGACAACGGGAGGCUGGAGCAGUACCCCUUCAUCUAUCAAGUAGCGCUGCCGGAGAAGACCAUCCAGGCCAUCUACGUGGCAAGGACGUGCCAGCUGUGCAGUCAACUGCAGAAGGGAGCAGAUGGUUGCACCUCAACCGACAAGACAACGAGUGUCUUCAACAUCCAGCUAGCAGAGGCAGAGUUCGACACAUAUAUGCUCAGGGAAGCAUACGGUGCAUAUGCGGCAACCCCCAGUCGGCUCUGCAGAGUUGUAAACAGAUGUAAACACAAUCGGUAG